UAAAUCUACAAAGUCUAUGAGAAUACUGUUGUAUCUUAAAGGAGUGCUACAGAAAUAGGUUUAACGCUUGUCAAUAUUCUUGUGCUUCAUCAACAUUGCUUCAAUGUUUCAUAACAUUAACGAUUGCCAUUUAUUUAGGUUCAUAUAAUGUUGUGUAACUUCGCAUAUGGCUGCACCUCCCCCAUCGUUUAAGACAACCCGACCAUUAAAAGGUUCGUUUCCACUUGAUAGGGAAUCAUUGUGUAAAGAAUCAAUGAAGAAAUUCUUCAAGUGCAUGAAAGACAACAACUACAACAACAGUUUGUGUCGUGUUGAAUCUAAAGACUACCUUGUUUGUCGCAUGAAUAAUAACUUAAUGCAAAGUGAGUCAUUAACACAACUUGGCUUUCGAGAUCUUGAGAAAGUUGAUCAAAUUGCUUCAACUCCUACUUCAUAAAUUAAUGUAAGAAUUUUUGUAACAAUGGUUGAGCAAUUAGAAAAAAACGAUGAUUACAAAGUUAAAAGCAUUGAAACGGAAUAUUUGCAUCACAAUUCAAUGCAAACCAUAUUCCCAAGUGUGAUUGAAAGAUAUUUUACUACUGGAUAUAAAGUAAAUUUACCCAAAGGAGGAAAUUUGGAUUUCUUUAAAUCAAACCCAUCAAAUAUGAAUGACGUUUGUAUUUUGCGCCAUUCAAACAGUAUAUGUCUGAUUACUCUUGCACCAACACAUCCUGUGAUUGAAAACAAGUGCAGAAUAACAAGCAUUAGUUUUAAAGUGACAGAUAAGCUUGAUAGAUUACAAAACUCUGUGUCGGGUAAAAGAAAAAGAGGUGCACAAUGGCUUAACCCAUCUGGCCCUUUGUGUGUGAUAUCUUGUGAUGAUGGAAGCAAACACACUGUGUAUUGUGGGAUAAGAGGAAGUCUUGUUGAAGUCAAUGAACGUCUAAUAUCUUCACCACAGCUUCUUCAUGACUGUUACAAAACAGAAGGAUAUAUAGCUGUGGUGAUGCCAAAACAUCUGGAGGCAAAAGCUACAAUGGAUGAUUUGCUGACUGAGGAACAAUUUAAAGAGUACCAAAUGUUAAACAUCUCUUAAAAGAUGGAAAACAUAGACCCAGUGAUUCCUGAAACAAAAAAAGAACAAGACAAUAUUUAAUAAAAUGUUUGCCCAAUGUGUAAUUUCUGUAUUGUUUUAAUGUCUCUGUUAACUGAGUCUCAUUAAACAUUUAAUUUUAAUUUAUCACCAAUUACAGCUCAUGUACACACCCCACAUUUUUCCUCAUUUAAUGCAUUUCAUUUGCAG